AAUAUCGCAAAAGAGCGGCAGACACGCAGACAGAUAGACAGAGAGAGAGAGAGAGAGAGAGAGAGAGAGAGACAUAGAGAGUCUUCUGAACAGAGAGAGCGCGCUACUUUGGCUGCUUGCGCAGUUUAUGGCUCUCUCCGAGCACUUACUUUACAGUUCCGCCAUGGAAACCCUAGCACCUCAGCUUCCCUCCACUUUCCGUUUGCCUUCAACUAUUCACGUUACCUUUAACAGAAGAGGCUCAAGGUCAAUGGCUCUCGUCGGCCCCACCUCGCUUGCACGGAGAGUUAGAUGCUCUGCCGUGUCCUCACCUCAGAUUGUCGACCAGUCUGAGCAGUUUGUAACGGCGUCAAAGAAGGGGAAUUUAAUUCCUCUGUAUCAAACAUUAUUUUCUGAUCACUUAACUCCUGUACUUGCAUACCGAUGUCUGGUCAAGGAGGAUGAUAGAGAUGCUCCAAGCUUUCUGUUUGAGUCUGUUGAGCCAGGCACAGAGGCUUCAAGUAUUGGACGGUAUAGUAUUGUUGGAGCUCAGCCAAGUAUAGAAAUAGUUGCGAAAGAGAAUAUGGUUACAAUUAUGGACCAUGAGGAAGGGUGUAGGACGGAGGAGAUUGUGGAGGAUCCCAUGAGCAUUCCUCGGAGAAUAAUGGAGGGAUGGGCACCCCAACUUAUUGAUGAACUUCCAGAUGCAUUUUGUGGUGGUUGGGUUGGUUACUUCUCCUACGAUACAGUGCGCUAUGCAGAGAAGAAAAAGUUACCAUUCUCUUCUGCUCCGCUUGAUGACAGAAACCUUCCUGAUGUGCAUCUAGGCCUUUAUGAUGAUGUGAUUGUUUUUGAUCAUGUGGAAAAGAAAGCAUAUAUUAUUCACUGGGUGAGAUUAGAUCGGUAUUCUUCUGUUGAGGAGGCCUUCAGUGAUGGAAUGAACCGGUUGGAAACAUUAGUAUCUAGAGUACAUAACAUUGUCACCCCAAGGCUGACUGCGGGUUCAGUAAAAUUGGAAACACGUGUUUUUGGUCCUAAAGUAGAAAAUUCAACCAUGACGAGUGAGGAAUACAAGAAUGCUGUUUUGCAAGCUAAAGAGCACAUCCUUGCCGGUGAUAUAUUCCAGAUUGUAUUAAGUCAGCGCUUUGAACGGAGAACUUUUGCAGAUCCAUUUGAAGUGUAUAGAGCAUUACGGAUGGUCAACCCAAGUCCAUUCAUGACCUAUUUGCAGGCUAGAGGAUGUAUUCUGGUUGCUUCAAGUCCCGAAAUUCUCACACGUGUCAAGAAGAGUAAGGUCACUAAUAGGCCCCUUGCUGGUACCAUCAGAAGAGGUAAGACACAAAAAGAAGACCUAAUGUUGGAAAGGGAGCUUUUGAAUGAUGAAAAGCAAUUGGCUGAGCACAUCAUGUUAGUGGACUUGGGUAGAAAUGAUGUUGGCAAGGUAUCUAAACCUGGUUCUGUUACCGUUGAGAAGCUCAUGAACAUCGAGCGGUAUUCCCAUGUUAUGCACAUCAGUUCCACUGUUACUGGAGAGUUAAAAGAUGACUUAACAAGCUGGGAUGCUUUGCGUGCUGCGUUGCCUGUUGGGACAGUCAGUGGUGCUCCUAAGGUAAAAGCCAUGGAACUAAUUGAUAAGCUGGAGGUAACAAGACGUGGACCUUACAGUGGUGGGUUUGGGGCAAUUUCAUUUACUGGGGACAUGAACAUUGCCCUUGCUUUGAGAACCAUUGUUUUCCCAACUGGUGCCCGAUUCGAUACAAUGUUUUCAUACAAGGAUCUGAACAAGCGCCAAGAAUGGAUUGCUUAUCUCCAAGCUGGAGCUGGAAUUGUUGCUGACAGUGUUCCAGAUGAUGAGCAAAAAGAGUGCGAGAACAAAGCCGCUGCACUUGCUCGUGCAAUUGAUGUUGCAGAGACUUCAUUUGUUGAUAAAUGAACAAGAUUCAGUUGACUUGUAGAUCACAACAGCUCCAAAUUUUCACUCUAGGGUUGAGAAGAAACCUGUGUGUCGAUGAUGUCAGUUUCCGAAGGGUAGAAGUAGACGGUGAUAACUUGUCACCAUAAAAGUGCCAGAUGAAGGCACUAAUUGCAGAGAUGAGGCGGUAAUUUAGCUAGUGAGGCACGGGGGGUAAUUUUUAUGAAUAAUGUAGUUAGGAAUGGCAUUCUUGCUAAGGCUAUGUUGUUUAUGCCAAUGAAGUAUUGAAUUGAGCUUUAAUGUUUGUUUCCUGUAAAACAAGAAAAACAAAAAAUUGUUGUAUCUUAAUAUUUUAAAUAAUAUUAAAUAUCUUAUUCUGA